AUGGAUAUUAUUUACAGAAGGAAGAACUCGCCUUCGCAAAUCGCAGAAUAUGCUCGGGAAAGCGGCCUUCACAGAUUUCCUGUAGCGUCGGACGUUUUCUUCGCGAUCUUAGCUGCGAAUUUGGAGGGGUCGGUCCGUCGGUGUGUUGUGAGUGAGGAGGGCUUGCCUUUUCCUCUUUUCCUUGUCUCUGCUCUAUAUAGGGUUCUUCGCCUUGUUCAGGGUUUCGGUUCUGCGGUGGAGAAACCGGUCGUGGCAACAGCAGCAUCAUCUGGAGCUGAUCAAGACGCGUAUGAGGAUGCUUGCAGUAUCUGCCUCGAACCGUUCUCAUGUGAAGAUCCAGCUACUGUUACCAAUUGCAAACAUGAGUAUCAUCUUCAGUGUAUUCUUGAAUGGUCACAAAGAAGCAAAGAAUGCCCAAUUUGCUGGCAGUUACUUGCCUUGAAGGACCCUGGCAGCCAAGAGCUUCUUGCAGCAGUGGAGAUGGAAAGAAAUGCAAGAUCAAGGAACAGAUCUUCCAAUAUGCCAACAUAUCCUCGCAUUCCUUCAGAGGACUUUCAAUUUGAUGAUGUAGCACCCCACCCAGAUGAUCUGGAUAUUGAUGAGCGUAUUAUGCAGCAUCUAGCGGCUGCUGCUAUGGGAAGGCCCUAUCAUUUUAAUAGGAGAGAGAGACGUAGAUCUUCUCGGUUGGAUCCUUCCCAAAUCCUUGUUCUUGCUUCUCCUCCGAAUGGAUCUGAUGUACAUCAGGCUUACACAACUGCAUCCUUGGGGAGCCAAAGUUCAGGUUCUGGGUCUUUGGAACCUGAUUCUCCAACAGUUGUCAUGUCUUCUGCCAUCAAUGGUCAAUCACAACCAAUGAUGCUUUCCUCUUCUGUAAAUACACCCUCUAACAGUGUGGACAACAGAUAUUCUCCUUCCAUACCUCGGUAUGUUCAGAGAACUUUUACCUUUAAGCAAAGGGCUAUUGCUACCCAGACACCUCCUGCUAGUCCACAGAGGUCACGACCAUCAGAGUUGCUCUCUUUCUCAGAGUCUCUUAAAUCUAGAUUUUCUGCUGCAUCUGCCAGAUAUAAAGAAUCAAUAUCAAGAAGUACAAGAGGUUUUAAGGAGAAACUAUUGGCAAGGAAUAACUCAGUUAAGGAGUUGAGCAGAGAAGUUCAGCGUGAAGUUACUGCAAGCAUUGCAGGUGUUGCUCGCAUGAUGGAGCGCUUAGAUCCAACCUCAAAGCGAAGUGUAGGAUCUAGGCCAGUUUCCAAUGGUAUGGAGGGGACCUCAGGCUUCUCUUAUGAUCAGAACAGGAUGCAAGAUGACUUGGUUAUUCAGCCUCAUUUUAGUAAUGAUGGGGAAACUGCACAUGGUAUAAACUCAAAUGCGUCAUUCAAUUUCUCCAGCUCUCCUGGCCCUAGGCAUUUUGAAGUUCCUCCUCACACACAGGACGUUGAUGCUGUGGAGACCCAGUUGGAGCACUCAGCUGCAGUUUUAUCCUCUCAUUGAAGGUAUUACAUAUGGAGAUAUAUACAGUCAGAAACCAGAUCCCCAUAUUCAGAGUUCAGAGAGGUGAUUUGUCCACAUGUCCUGAUUUGACAACAAACAAAGAUAACCGUUUUGAUGAGGAGAUUUGGACCAAUCACGUCCCAAGUAUGGGGGGUUUAAUUACAUGAUUUAGGAAAUCAUUUCCCAUACGAUGACAUAUAUAGCGAUUAGGAGUUACCUUUUAUAAUUGCUUGAAAGAUCUUUUUUACCAGCAAUGUGGGGAGAUACGUGUUUCUGAAACAGAACAACAUUGGAGGAGUCCUGCUCCCCUUUGCUCUACCUGUUUUUGUGUACGUUUCUAAGAACGUUGGUAAAAUUCCUCGUUUGCCUUUAUACUGAAAUUGUCAUGGUUUCACCAUUUACUGCUUUUUUUUCCCCUA